AUGUACGACCCGGAUGAAAAUUGCGGGGUUCUGAGCGACUUUGAUCUUUCUUUGCUGCAAUGGGAACUUCGUGUCAUUGGGACGGACAGAACCGGCACUGUCCCAUUCAUGGCUAUCGAACUCCUGAGCAAGAAGUACUGGGAAGGGAAAAUCCACAGAUUUUAUCACCAUGAAUUGGAAUCAUUCAUUUGGAUUCUCGCCUAUGUGUGUCUUCUUUAUGACAGAGGGAUUCGCAAAAAGAAUGCGGCAGUUGAUUCUUGGAGAACGUCGGACUAUGGCGUGUGUCGUAUGGAAAAGAGGGAUUUCUACGGCAACUUAGAUGAAGAACUUGCAAAUCAGGUUCAGGCAAACUAUAAGACAUACUGGCCCACGGCUCAAAACCUCGUUCGCAAUCUAGAUAUGUACCAGCAGACUUCGGCGAACAACCCUCGUCCGGCUUCCGACAAUCUCUGGGAAAGGUUCAACUCUGUAUUGCGCUCAACCCUCCCGCCCAACAGUAUUCCUGACCAGGAGGCUCUUUUGGAACGACUCAAAUCUCAGAAGCCAUCCUUUGAACCUCUUGAUGAGACUGCACGACAGAAACUUUGGGCCAAGUAUUCCAUCAUUGCCUAG